UGUUUUAUAGCUGCGACAAGGUUAGCCGAAACUAAACAACCAUCCGAGAUAAAAACGUUGUAGAUAAGAGUGGAUUCAAAAUCAACAUGGUGCACAGAGCGAGAUAUGGACAACAGGCGUUUAUCUUAGUCCUAUUGGUAAUCUGCAUUGGCCAUGUUUCAGGAGGUGUCUGUACGAAAAAGAUGGCAGAUGUGGUCUUCCUGCUGGACUCGUCCUUUAGUGUUUGGGAAUCAGACUUCGAUAUGCAACUUCAGUUUGUUAAAAGUGUGGUAGACAACUUCCAUAUUGGAAAAGACAGUAUUCGGGUUGGUGUUUUAUCGUACAGUAGUGAGAUCAAAACGAACUUCUUCAUGGAUGAAUACUACGAUAAAGCAACCAUGAAGAGUGCUGUGGACAAAAUAGAGUAUUUGUCUACAGCCGGAACGGAUACUGCAGGGGCCUUAAAAUAUGCCCGAGAAGUCAUGUUUCAUAAAAAGCAUGGCGGAAGAGAUUCAGCUUCCAAAAUUCUAAUUCUUAUAACAGACGGAAUGUCACACAAUUCAAAUGAAACCGCCAAACAAGCGGCGGUGACGAAGAAUGCUGGUAUCAAUAUUUUGGCGGUAGCUGUUGGGGCACCGAUCAUGCAGGAACUGGAAAUGGUUGCUAGUUACCCCGCUUCAGAUUUUAUCUUCAACGUAACCGACUUCAACGCUUUACCAAACAUUGUAAAUUCACUCGCAACAACAACAUGUUUAGUACCCGGUAUUCCAGGAGAUGACGGGUCUCCAGAAUCCACGACAAAGAGUUCAGAAAUGGAGGAAAAAAUUAAGAAAUAUUGUGCAAAUAGCCCGUUGGACAUUCUCUUCGUUGUUGACAGUUCGAGCAGUAUCUGGCCCUUGCAUUUCCAAGAAAUUGUUAAAUUCACACAAAAAGUCAUCGACCUUUUUGAUGUCAGCACAGAUAAAACCAGAAUUGGCGUCAUCUUGUAUUCCGACGACGUCACUCCUGUGCUUCAUCUUGAUAACAAAUUAAAUUCAAAAGACCUGAAGAACAGAAUAUCCAAAAUACAGCAAUUAAAAGGAGGAACAGAAACAGGAAAAGCACUGAAAUAUGCGAGAGAAAACGAAUUCACCGAGAAGUACGCAAGAGAAAACUCGACGUCAAAAGUAAUCAUCUUGCUGACUGAUGGACAGUCUAUCCGACCAGAGGAAACUUUGGAGGAAGCCAAGAAGCUGAAGGAAGAAAAUGUUACCUUGUUCGUGAUAGGCAUUGGCAACAGAACUGAUCGAAAUGAAUUGGGCGCGAUCGUCUCUAGUCCUCGCCAUCAAUACAGUAUUCAGGAUUACAAUGCUCUCACAACUAUUAAAAACAUGCUCGUUGUUAAGACAUGCACUGUUCAUUUCCAAGUUCAGGAUCCUGCAAUUGAAGGAGACAAUGAGAGUGAAGAAACCUGUUGGGACACCCCUAGAGACGUUAUGUUUGUCUUUGAUUCUCCCGCUACUGGAAUUCACAAGACUAAAAUAAUCAGGAAGGCCAUCACUGAGAUGUACAAACUAAUGCAGAUCGGUUCUAAUAAGACGAGGGCCGGGGUGUUGUCGUAUUACUGUCCGACAGAUUUAGACACAAGUCUGCAAGAAUUCCAGGACGAACAGUCCUUUUUGCUCAGCGUAAAGAGUCAACCAAACGAUGGGCUGAAGAGACUGCUGAGGAUUCUGAGAACUCGAGGUUUUCAGUCCGCUGGCGACAAUAGCAAGUCUGCCAAAAAAGUGGGGAUUAUUUUUGUGGAUAGAGAGGAGCACGAUUCUCGAGGGAUCAUCGAAGAGGCUCGACGAACAGCGCGCAACAUCAGACUCUUUGUGGUUACCAUUGGCAAUCGUGUGCCGUCACAUACCGUGGAAUCUCUGUGCAGUGACUUUAAACAUCGAUGUGUUUUCCAUGUUCCACAGUAUAAUUCAUUGAUCCAAUAUGUUCCUGAUAUCAUGGAUAUGGUCUGUUUUUCAUGAAUACUUGUGUAAAAAUCAGAAUUAGUAACAUCAUCUGUGGAAUCAUAAUGUUUCGUGGGGCUCAACUUUCGUGGAUUUCGUUCUCGAAUUCAUAAACUGAACGAAAUACACACUUUAUAUAAUGUUUCCAUGUACUGAAACCCUAUCCAUGAAGCUACGUCCCACUGAAACCGUACAAUAUUGAUAACCCACUAAAACAGACCACCACGAAUUUAAAUGACUCUGCAGUAUCCAAUAUUUCCAAUUUAUCUGCAUAGUGUACAAGCUUUACUGAGUCUUGCUAACAGCCUAGGCAAAAACAAAUGUGUGGUUCCGGUUUCCCGGCCUAACCUAUUUUACGAUCCUCGACCCUAAUGGUUUAAAGCUCGGGAUACGGAUCCAAUUAUCAUAAUCAAAUCACAUGUCUUUGGUUACCCCAAAAUGUUGAUGCUAGGGAAUUUAAAACGUCAAAAAGUACGGACGGUAUUGUGAUUUUAAUUGAUAUUUACACAAUAUUUCAGCAUCAUGCAUGUUUUUAAUAUAUCAUCAAAUAUCUACUGGAGUUACACACCCUUUUAAUACUUAGUCCAUUCCCCCAAAAAAUCCGACCUACCUACCUACCCUAUUUCUGAAGAGAAGGUAACAGGAAUCACACAAUUAAAUUUUGAUGGCCUUAUUUUAUUUAUAUAGCUACCACCACCUUUUCUGUUGAAAGGUAACUUUGCUUCAUUCUCUGUUAAUACAGGCAAGAAGUAUCAUUCGAUUAAUUCACAGAAUAUUUAGGCAAACACGCACUUAAUACUCUAGUCAAUCACAUGAUUACAACUGUGAACAUGUUACAGUUCUAGUCUAGGAAAUAUUUACCCAGUAUCCAGAUUAUAUCCGUCCGUUCCUAUGCCUACAAUCAAUUGGUUUAUUUCAGGCAUGAUGUUCAUUACAGUUCUUCGAUUUGCAUAUGCUAGCUUUGAAUUUAUUUAUUCAUAGUCCAUGCAAUGUGUAUGCUGUUUUAAAUCAUAAUCCAUGCAAUGUGAAUGCCGUUUUAAAUUAUAACCCAUGCAAUGUGUAUGCCGUUUUAAAUUUUCCGUGGUGCUAUUUUUGCACAACGAAUAUUUCAUGUGGUAUUUUGAAGAAAGUUUAAGUUGUAUGCUCAUCUAUCUCCAAUUUCCUGCAGCAUUGUAGAAAUCGACAAUUUAUCUACAUUUUAUACAUUUCAUAGUAAUUUAAUUUUCUUGUUAAUUGUUACGUGUACAUUAAUUUAUUCAUAGUAAUUUAUAAUUUUCUGAUUGCUUGAUAUGUGUAAUUCAAGUAUGAAUUAUUUUCCUUUCUAUUCCAUGUUCACCAUGUACAUACCUUGAUUUUAUUUUUUAAUGAAGACAUAUCCAAGCAAA